CCCCACCCUACCCCCGGUCGAUACUCGAUCAGACGCCAAGAUUGCUCGGGUUUUUCCUUUUUUCCCGUUCCUCAGGUCCUCCUGCUUUAUCUCGCAGCUCCCUUGUGCCUCAUAAAGCUGCUGCUCGCCGUCUCAUUGUCAGUCCAGUGAAUAAUCAUAAAAAAUGCCUUCACAAAAGAUAGAAACUGGUCAUCAAGAUGUGGUGCACGAUGUGGCUAUGGAUUACUAUGGUAAGCGUGUCGCCACAGCCUCAUCAGACCAUUCAAUUAAGAUUAUUGGGGUGAGCAAUACGGCCUCUCAACAUCUUGCAACCUUAACUGCCCACCAAGGACCUGUUUGGCAGGUGGCCUGGGCUCACCCAAAGUUCGGCCCUUUACUUGCUUCGUGUUCUUAUGAUGGGCGUGUGAUAAUCUGGAAGGAGGGUAAUCAGAAUGAGUGGACCCAAGCCCAUGUCUUUAAUGACCACAAGUCGUCUGUCAAUUCUAUUGCUUGGGCUCCUCAUGAACUGGGUCUCUGUCUAGCAUGUGGUUCUUCUGAUGGAAAUAUAUCAGUUUUCACUGCAAGACCAGAUGGUGGUUGGGACACCUCAAGGAUCGACCAAGCGCACCCGGUUGGUGUAACUUCUGUCUCAUGGGCUCCCUCAAUGGCACCCGGUGCUCUUGUUGGUUCCGGCUUGCUUGAUCCGGUUCAGAAGCUCUGCUCUGGUGGUUGUGAUAAUACUGUGAAGGUGUGGAAGCUCUAUAAUGGGAAUUGGAAGAUGGAUUGCUUUCCAGCUCUUCAGAUGCAUACAGACUGGGUUCGUGAUGUUUCCUGGGCACCCAACUUAGGACUUCCAAAAUCUACAAUUGCUAGUGCCUCGCAGGAUGGCAGAGUUAUUAUAUGGACUGUGGCCAAGGAGGGGGAUCAAUGGGAAGGCAAAGUUUUGAAUGAUUUUAAGACUCCUGUCUGGCGUGUCUCCUGGUCGUUGACAGGUAACAUAUUGGCUGUGGCUGAUGGAAACAACAGUGUGACAUUGUGGAAGGAAGCGGUCGAUGGGGAGUGGCAGCAGGUAACUACAGUUGAGCCAUAAAAACCAUAUUUUGAAACUCAUGCACUUAAAAGUAAUGGUUUCCAUUCUGAUUGUUUUUUCAUUCACGUGUAUUACGUCUUAAUAUUGUAUCGUUACAUAAUCAUGUAAUAUUAGGACCCCUGCUUGAUAUUGUUGAUAGUUUUAAACUGGUAGAUUUUCUCAGAAGCCUAGACUAGCAAGAACUGAAUGUGGCUUAUAGUUUUGUUUUGAAAUUUUCUUUCAAUUUGUUGGUUUUUGGUAAUGGGGGAUUUCUGAUGUUGCUUUUGA